AAGUGAAAAGGCGUAAACGGGGAAGUAUUUCUGGAGCUAGUUACUGUUAAAACCACGGUAAAUGUGUGCGUGAAAAGAGGGAGCUUGCCUAGAAAACAGCAGGAGAGGAGGACAGGCCUGACUCGGUCCGCCGCCAUCCUGCUCCUUCCCUACAUGCAUGUAGGCACGCUAAAUUAAUCCCUGAUAACAAAGCUACGAGGAUGGAGGAAUUGUAAUCGAUUCAUGGCACUGUCAAACCAAGCUUUCAGAACUUGCUGAGAAACCGCAGCAGAAACGACAGAUGAACAAACACAAUGGUGCUGUGACGAAGAUAAACGGCACGGUUUAUGUUUUAGUUAAACGGCACGGUUUAUGUUUUAGUUAGGGCUAGUUUCUGCAAGCCUCAGGCGCCACCUUCACGCCCUCAAAACCAUGGAGUUCCCAUGGCACAGUGGCGAGGUUCUGGAACAGCUUAACCGGCAGCGUAAGCAGGGUCUGCUCUGUGACUGCACGUUUGUCGUAGAUGGAGUGGACUUCAAGGCCCAUAAAGCUGUGCUGGCAGCUUGCAGCAUUUAUUUCCGCACCCUUUUCCUGGAUCAGAAGGAUGUGGUGCAUCUGGACAUCAGUAAUGCAGCUGGUUUGGGUCAAGUUCUGGAUUUUAUGUACACUUCUAAACUGGGUUUAAGUCCACAAAAUGUAGAAGAUGUGCUUUCUGUUGCCCACUUCCUGCAGAUGCAAGAAAUUAUAAAUGCUUGCUCUGCGUAUCAGUCUAUCUCAAAUCCAGCCCCAUCUAUCAUGACACUGGACCUCCCUGCAGAUGAACCAGAUGAAAAAUCGAGUGACAAGGAGCAGAAAGAAGGAACAGAAACUGACCUGUCAGACAUGGCUGUGCCAGCAGACGAGUGUGUUUCUGAUACUCCUGUAAUAGAACACGAGACAACAGAGACUCAGGACGAGUCAAACAAAGACAAUUCUGCUGAUUCAAAACAAACAGUUCCUCAGUCCAAGCCUGCAGAACGCCCCCGUGGACGUGGACGGCCCCCCAAAGCCACUCAGCUUUUGGCUCAGAAGAAGAUUAUUGUGAAAAAACAGAAUGGAAGUUCUAAAACGGAUGCUCCCGAAUUUCAGGAUGACCCCUCGGAUGCCGACUACACUCCCAAAUCUCAGCUGAAUUCUACAAACAGAUCAUCCCACGUGAGCUCAAGAGGGAGAAGGGUCCGAAAACCUCCUCGACGUGACUUUCCAUCAGAAGGUGACUCAGAAGAUGAAGGUCCAUCUGAGGUGAAAAGGACAAGGAAGGUAACAGAGGCAGAAGAGGUGGCUGAGGAACAGGAUUAUGACUCUGGAGAGGCUGACGAAGAAGAGGUGGUUGAAGAUGAAAACACCGAAAACAGCCCUGAAAUGGAGGACGACAGUGAGAGAGAUGGAAAACAAGUGCAAUCAUUGUCCGCGAGCAGCCGAUCAGAGUCAAAGUCUUACAGCUCGGUGACUCACAAAUGUGAGGACUGUGGGAAGAAAUUCACUCACACGGGCAAUUUCAAGAGACAUAUGCGCAUUCACACGGGAGAAAAGCCCUUCAGCUGCCGCGACUGUCACAAGGCUUUCUCUGACCCUGCAGCUUGCAAAGCUCACGAGAAAACUCACAGCCCUCUGAAGCCCUAUUGCUGCUCCACAUGCGGGAAGAGCUACCGCCAGAUCAGUCUGCUCAACCUGCAUCGCAAGCGCCACACCGGCGAAGCGCGAUACAGCUGCGAGGUGUGCAACAAGAUGUUCACGACGUCGGGCAAUCUGAAACGCCACCAGCUGGUGCACAGCGGGGAGAAGCCGUACCAGUGCGACUUCUGCGAGAAGGCUUUCUCUGACCCCACUGCCAAGAUGCGACACCUGGAGACGCACGACACUGAGAAGGGCAACAAGUGUCCUCACUGUGAAAAACGCUUCAACCAGAUGGGGAAUCUGAAGGCACAUUUAAAAGUCCAUAUUCUAGAUGGGCCUCUCAAGUGUAAGGACUGUGGCAAACAGUUCACUACUUCAGGAAACCUGAAAAGACACCUGCGAGUCCACAGCGGGGAGAAACCGUAUGUGUGUGCACACUGCCAGAGAGCUUUUAGUGACCCUGGAGCUCUGCAGCGGCACGAACGCAUCCACACAGGAGAGAAGCCCUGUGUUUGUCCCAUCUGUGGCAAGGCUUUCACCCAGGCCAGCUCCCUCAUCGCUCACGUCCGUCAGCACACUGGGGAGAAACCCUAUGUCUGUGAUCGCUGUGGCAAACGAUUUGUACAAUCAAGUCAACUGGCCAAUCACAUCCGCCAUCACGACAAUGUGCGGCCACACAAGUGUCAGAUGUGCAACAAGGCAUUUGUCAAUGUGGGAGACUUGUCCAAACAUAUUAUUAUUCACACAGGGGAGAAACCUUUCCUUUGUGACAAAUGUGGUCGAGGUUUUAACCGUGUGGACAACCUGCGCUCCCACGUCAAGACCGUUCACCACGGCAAAGCUGGCAUGAAGCGACUGGUGGUAGCAGGAGCGACUGUGGACGAGGGAAGCGAGGAUGACGGGGGGGCAUCCAACAAUGAUGAUAUCAAAAUAGUUACCGUCACCACGGAGGACAUCGUCACCUUGGCAACCGAGGCUCUGGCUGCAAGCGCUGUAGCUCAGUUAACAGUCGUUCCGGUGUCUGCGUCUGUGUCUGCAGAUGAGACCGAGGCUUUGAAGGCUGAAAUCACCAGAGCAGUAGAGAAGGUGCAAGAAGCAGACCCAAACACCCAGAUCUUGUAUGCUUGUGACUCAUGUGGUGAUAAAUUCCUGGACGCCAGCUCCCUAGCUCAGCAUGUGCGCAUCCACACUGCCCAAGCCUUGGUCAUGUUUCAGGCGGAUUCUGACUUCUACCAGUACGCCACCACAGCUUCCACCACUGAGGGAGAUGCUUCUGAAGCCUGGCACUCCACGCCCGACCAGGUCAUCCAGGAAGGACAGCUUAUCUUCCGUACAGAGGAAGGAGAGAGGAAACCAGAGGAAGAGAUUGUUGAAGGGAUGCAGGAAGCGCAAGAGUCAGAAGAGGUGAUUCAUGUGGUGGAGGAGAUGGAAGGACAGGUUGAAGCUCUCUGUGACGGCCAAACUGAGAGCAAAGACGUGGAAGAAGAAGAAAAGAAAGAGGGGUUGGAAAGUGAGAGCCAGGGGUAGUGGGAUGGAUGUAUUCAGCACGUAUAAUCUAAUUUAUGCAAAAGACUAGACGUUAAAAUAUAAAGUGUGUUUGAGCUCCUGGUUUGGUCAUAGUAGAAAAAUCUAAACUGGAUAUAUAAAAUACACAAUGAAAUCAUUUUAUUUGUAAGAUUUAUUCAUCUUAAAUCCUGCAUUUCUUUUCCUAUAAACAACACAGUAAUAUUAAGUUAUUUUUGUAAAGCUAGAUUAUACAAAUUUGUAAAGUCAGUUUAUUUUUGGACUAAAAGGUAGGACUGUUUUUCUGUCCAGUGUGUUAGAUUAUCUAACAAAGCAGAGCUCAGGCUCCUUAUUUUUCAUUUUUCUUAAUAGAAUUUGUACAUUUUCCUUAAAGUUACUGUACCUAAUUAAAUGUGAUUAAAUGUGAACAGGUACACUAUUAAAAAUUUAGUGGAAAGAUAUUUCAUAAAUUACUGCUGUGCAAAAAUUAGUAGUGUUUUAAAUGAGUCUUAAACAUCACAAAUGAUAACAUACAUAUCUACUAAAAAGUCCAAAUAAUUAUUUUCUGUUAUCACUUUUAAAAAUCUACAGAAAAUUUCUGUAACCAUCUCCUCUCAUUAAAGACUUGUGUUGUCUGGCAA